AUGGCUGGACCUAAUAGUUCUUCUUCGGGUCCAACGCCUCGCACAAAGGCCCGACCUCCACCGUUCUACCUGCCUUUGAAUGUCACGCUAUAUCUAUGCCUUGUUGUCAAUAUCCUAGCGGCUUUAUUCGCUCCGAUUCAAGACUGCGAUGAGGUCUUUAACUUCUGGGAGCCGACCCAUUACCUCCAACACGGAUAUGGCCUUCAAACAUGGGAGUACUCGCCGGUGUACUCAAUUCGAAGCUGGCUCUACGUGUCACUUCACGCUUUUGUGGGCAAGCUGGCAUCUCCUUUCGUCAGCACAAAGUCUGCUGAGUUCUAUGUUAUCCGAAUCUUCCUCGCCCUACUCUGUGCCGCAUGCCAGACCCGAUUAUACUCUGCCAUCUGUCGAGCCCUCAACCCUCGCAUCGGUCUGAUCUUCCUGAUGGUCUCCAUAUUCAGCCCCGGCAUGUUCCAUGCAGCAACUUCCUUCUUGCCGUCCUCAUUCACCAUGUACACAUCUAUGCUGGGCCUAGCUGCCUUCUUGGACUAUAAGAAUGGACCCAAAACGGCCCAGGGGAUUAUGUGGUUCGGUCUCGGGGCAGUUGUGGGCUGGCCAUUCGCCGGAGCUCUUAUUUUGCCUAUGAUUGUCGAGGAGAUCGUGAUCUGCUUUUUCGCCGGGUCCCUGGGAUCUCUUUUCUACAUGAUAUUCGAUGGAGCUCUCCGAUGCCUUGCAAUUGUGGGCCUUGAAAUGGCAGUUGACUAUGCUUUCUUCCGAAAGAUUGCGCUCGUGCCCUGGAAUAUUGUUGCAUACAAUGUUUUCGGUGGCCAAGGCAAAGGUCCUGAGAUCUUCGGUACCGAGCCGUGGACGUUUUAUAUUCGGAACCUCCUCUUGAACUUCAACGUCUGGUUUGCUCUAGCUCUGUUUUCCGGUCCGCUGCUUAUCAUCCAAGCUUUAUUCCGGUCUCAUACAACAUCCGUUCAGGCCGUUUUACGCUCUAUAACUCUAACCGCGCCUUUCUACAUGUGGUUUGGCAUCUUUACUUCGCAACCACACAAGGAGGAGCGCUUCAUGUACCCCGCGUAUCCCUUCAUCGCUCUUAAUGCGGCCCUCGCUUUCCACAUAAUUCUCUCCUAUCUUGGGUCAAGCAACCCAAAGGAGGUUAUUGGUCGCUUGCCAGCCAAACUCAAGCUCGCCGCGGUCCUGUCUGUCGUUUUGGUGGCCUUCAAUGCAGGAAUGUUACGUAUUCUUGGAAUGGUCACGGCAUAUAACGCCCCCUUGAAGGUUUUCUCGCCGUUACAAGAGGUGGGUGUAACCCACGCUGGGGCAUCCGUCUGCUUCGGUAAAGAAUGGUAUCGAUUCCCAUCUUCAUACUUCUUGCCACACGAUAUGCGGGCCAAGUUUAUUCGGAGUGAAUUCAACGGUCUGCUUCCUGGCGAGUUCCCUGAUGCUCCAAACGCCCUUGGUCGGCUAGAGGGUGCCUCACAGAUCCCGUCUGGCAUGAACGAUCUCAAUGAAGAGGACCUAGACAAAUAUAUCGACAUUUCACAAUGCUCUUUCCUAGUUGAUUCCCACUUCCCAAACCGUGAAGCAACCAAACUAGAGCCCCACUACGUCUUAGAUGAAUCCCAGUGGGAACACAUCUCUUGUGCAAGCUUCCUAGAUGCGUCGCAAACAAGCCUGCUAGGUCGAUUGAUCUGGGUUCCCGAUCUACCUUUUAUUCCAUAUCAGUUCCAGCGGAAAUGGGGCCAAUAUUGUCUCCUCCAGCGUCGAACUGACACAAGCAAUGCAUAG